AUGUCCGACGCAGCGGGUACGAUGACCGUCAACGGCAACUUCUUAAAGGACUUUCUCGUCGCCAUCGCAGUCGCGGCCGUUUCAACUAUUAUCCUUUUGAGGGAAGAGUGGCUGUCUCCAACGCUUGAGGAUGGAUACCAAGAUCAGUCGCAACCAGAACUUCCCCUAGUACAAAGUGGUUGGCAACGGAAAGAAUAUGCAUGA